GGAGCCGCUGGGCACCAUUGAAGUCCGUAUUUUUCCUUUUCCCCCUACUCUCUUCUCCCCUCUCGUCUAACUUGUCGUGUUAUGUGCAUAGCAGAGGCAGGAGGCCGUGGCUCGUUUGGAGAAUUCGGCUUACAUUUUAUGUAACUCCCAGAAAUAACCAGGCGUGGCCUGUCUCUCCUCCCUCGUCACGUCCCCCCCCCUUCCUCCUUCCCCUCUAUCGUGUCCGCCGUUUCUUGGCUCCUCCAGGGCCUAUAAAAAAGGGCUCUUGUGGCGUAGGGCUGCCUUUAAGGUAAUUUCCAACUAGGUCCCCCACUCCUUUGGGGGGGGGUGGGGGGGCGGCGGCGGUUUACUUGCAGUCUGGGGUGCAGGCAGUGACCAGGCAUACACAGGUUGGAACAUCUCGAACCCCGUCUUCACCUUUCCUCAGAAUAAAAGCUCAGCAAGUCUGCAAUAAAAAUGGCCACCAAUAAAUCUACAUUGCACAAAAUGGGGAAGAAGCAGAAUGGCAAAGGCAAAAAAGUUGAAGAAGCAGAACCUGAAGAAUUUGUUGUGGAGAAAGUCUUGGAUCGACGUGUAGUUAAUGGAAAGGUUGAAUACUUCUUGAAAUGGAAGGGAUUUACUGAUGCGGAUAAUACCUGGGAACCUGAAGAGAAUUUGGAUUGUCCAGAGUUAAUAGAAGCUUUUCUGAACUCUCAGAAAGCUGGUAAAGAGAAGACAGAUGGUGCCAAACGAAAAUCUCUGUCGGACAGUGAAUCUGAUGACAGUAAAUCAAAGAAAAAGAGGGACUCUAUUGAUAAACCAAGAGGAUUUGCGAGAGGUCUUGAUCCUGAGCGAAUAAUUGGAGCCACAGACAGUAGUGGGGAACUAAUGUUUCUUAUGAAGUGGAAGGACUCUGAUGAAGCGGACUUAGUGCUGGCCAGAGAAGCUAAUGUGAAAUGUCCCCAAAUUGUAAUUGCAUUUUAUGAAGAGCGGCUAACUUGGCACUCAUGCCCAGAAGAUGAGGCACAAUAAUUGUUUGGCUUUUCUUUUUUUAUAUAUGUAUAAAGAUAUUAACAGCUGUUUGGUUUUGACUUACCAGAAAUGUGGAAAAUGUCUACAUUCUAAUAUGAUAAGUUUGAUUAUUUUUGAAGUCAUGUGUUUUGCAUAAACAAAAAGAAAAAAGGGUUUGUGCUAUUUGCUUUGAUUAUUAUGGAAGAGCAUUUGAUACUGCUUCCUGCAUAUUAGGUAAAGUGUUUUAUAAAGUUCAUAGUGACUCUUAAUGGCAGUUUGAACAAACUCACAAGUGUUUUUGUAGCUCUCUAUUUUGAUUCACAUGCAUGCAUCUUUAUUCCCAACUUAGUCCUUUAUCAGUGCAAGUGGAGGUAUACCUUUUUUAAAAACAUGAAGUCAAUGGAGUGGAGAUAUACCUUUUUAAGACUAUUGAAGUCAGUAGUCUUAGAAAGGUGUAACUCUGUUCAGGAUUGCACAGUAAAUCUAUAAGGCUGUUAUUUUCUGUAUUUGUAGCUACGUGGUUCUGAGAGGACCAGGUGAAAACUUUGUAGUAAGUUGAAGGUGCAGACUGUAUAUUGUUUAUUUUAUUGUAAAUACUGGUGAACGGUAAUCAAUAAAAUACUUUUAUAUUCUUGUUCCCUCUUCACCAAACAAUGGGAAACUAAGUCUUCUGAAGGUUGUUUUUGGAAGUGAUGAUAUCCCUAUAGGCACAUGCUGAGUUUCCCCCAUACAGGAUUGAUGAAACUACUCCGUUACAUGCAAUCCUCGGUUUCUUUAACAGCUUUUUUGUACUGUGUCUAAAUUGGCUAACAUAAUUUGAUGAUCACACAGAUCUAAGUCUUGCCAAAGUCAAAUCUUAUAUCUACUAUGUUGGCAACCAAAGCAAACAGGUCUGGGUGGGGUGAGAGUAUGAAAGUACCAAAGAUACAGAAAAUCCAUUGACAGUGUCUAGAUUGGGUACUGGAAUACGUUCUUGAAAAUGACAGAAAAUUAGUUUUGAUCUGGGGCAUUAUCUACUAAAUCUUGAGGUAUUUUCAACUUUCUGUCACGGCCAUAUUUUUCAUACAGUGUAACUUGAAUUAUUAGUUUUAAAUGUUUUGGGAUAAAAGUUUCCACUUCUGUAUGACUUCACAAGACUAUAGGCUACUUCACAUUGCUGUUAGAAUAGUUGACUCAUACAUAUGGCCAAGAAAUAGCACAAUGUUGAUUAAUGUGUUUUCCCCCCAAAGAAAGCUAAACCCUUCUCUACCAUGUUAGCUGCUACUAUUAGUUCAGGUGGGGCACUUUAUGCUAUGGUUAAAAGCAUUUCCUUAUACUUGUUUGCACUGAAUGUAUAAAAAAUUGUGACCUUGUGCAGUUUAUCUCUUGCUGGUGUGUGGGCAAAUACCAGCAAUACAAAUCUUCAUACUGAUGUACAAAGUAUGGUGAUUGCCUCACUACUAGAAUGUAAGUGAAUGGUUACUCCACGAGUGAAUGAGAAAUAGCAUAGGACAAACUUAGAUCCUGAGGAACUGGGGCUUGAAGAUUAUAUAAGUUCUCACAAGCUUAACUGAUCAGCUUCUCCGAGUCCUCUGCCACCCCCCCCCCACACACACACACACAGUGAUUCAGCAGAGUGUCUCCCCUGGAUAUGCUCAGCCUUCAUCAGGACAUUCUUUGGUUUUAAUUUACAAUGUGUAUAUGCAUAUCUGGCAACACCGACACUCAAAUUAGAUAAAGAUCCCUUCCAUGUUUCAGUGGCUUGAUCUUGCUGUUCUUGUGACUAGUAUGGAAGUCAGCCACUUCAGUGCCAAGAGUGAUGCUUGAAAUAAGUACUCCUGAAAGAACUGGGUGGGUGUACAUGUAACUGCCAAUUCUGUGUUACCUUCUUUUAUAAUGAGUUACUAGGCAAUUUGAGAACCAAAUAAAGAUCA